GCCGCACCUCAGCCAAUGGGCGUUCAGGGGCCGGCAGUGCUGACCAAUGGGCGCCCGGGAGGCGGUGCCGGUGGCCAAUGGGGGCGGUCGGCGCUCAGGGGGCGGGGUAGAGGCGCUGCGAGGCGCGUACGGACCAGAGCGCAGCGCCGUCCGCUCCGCAGCGCCCGCACGACGGCAAUCAUGAGUGAUCGAAAGGCAGUGAUCAAAAAUGCGGACAUGUCAGAGGAGAUGCAGCAAGAUGCUGUGGAAUGUGCAACUCAAGCCUUGGAGAAAUACAACAUCGAGAAGGACAUCGCUGCUCACAUAAAGAAGGAGUUUGACAAGAAAUACAAUCCCACUUGGCACUGCAUCGUGGGCAGGAACUUUGGCAGCUACGUGACUCAUGAGACCAAGCACUUCAUCUACUUCUACCUCGGCCAAGUCGCUAUUCUUCUGUUCAAGUCUGGCUAGAG